AUGGACAAGAAGGUGGUGCUGAUCACAGGCUGUUCCUCUGGGAUUGGACUCAGCCUGGCCGUCCGACUGGCCUCUGACCCCAAGAAAACAUAUAAAGUCUAUGCUACAAUGAGGAACUUGACCAAGAAGGAGCGUCUUUUGGACUGCAUAAAAGGCCUGCACCAGGACACCUUGGAUAUUCUCCAAAUGGACGUGACUGAUCGCACGUCCAUCCUGAACGCACGGGACAAGAUUGUAGAGAAGCGAGUGGACAUCCUGGUGUGUAAUGCUGGGGUCGGUUUGAUGGGGCCUCUGGAGGUGCAGUCCAUGGAUGUGAUGAGGCAGAUUCUGGAUGUCAACCUCCUGGGAACCAUCCAGACCAUCCAAGCCUUCCUGCCGGACAUGAAGGCCCAGGGUGAAGGUCGUAUCCUGGUGACAGGCAGCACCGGAGGGCUUCAUGGUCUGCCUUUUAAUGAAGUCUACUGUGCGAGCAAAUUUGCAGUAGAGGGAGCAUGUGAGAGUUUGGCUGUCCUCCUGAAACACUUCAAUAUCCAUGUGAGUCUUAUCGAGUGUGGUCCCGUCAACACUGACUUCCUGAUCAACCUCCAGAAGGCAGAACUCGGGGACACGUCUCUGCAGAACGUCGAUCCUCAAACACUCAGCCUCUAUGAAAAAUUCCUCCAGCAUUGUGGCUCUGUUUUCCAAAACGCAGCCCAGGACACUGAGGACAUUGUAAAGGUUUUCCUAGACGCCAUCCAGUCCCCCAGCCCCGCGUUCAGAUACUUCACCAGCGGUUUUGUGCCACCGCUCACUGAACUGAAGCUCACACAUCCAGACGGUUUACAGUACAUCAGUGCUAUGAGCGAUCACAUUUUCUCAGAUAACGAACAGCAGCGUCCAUGAACUCUAAA